UUUGCCUCCAGUUGUGUAUCUACUUCCAACGAUCGCUGUUCGUCGAUCGCGCUAGAUCAUUCAUAACCGCAGUAAAAUCAUCGCAGACAUCGAAUCGUUUGGAAGAUCGCUGUCUUGAUGACCUUGAACGGAUCAACAUCAACAGCAGCAUGCUCGAGUUUAUUUUCACCGUGACGAGGCUGGUUUUCAGCGUGUCCACUUACUUCAUCAAGGGGAAUUUGCUGAAGCUUUGGCCGCCAGAGGAUCGUCCCGUGGUGACCGUUCGCCAGGGCAAACUUCGUGGCAUCAGUGACACCCUCCCGAAUGGUCAUCGGUAUCACUACUUCAAGGGCGUUCCGUACGCUCAACACCCGGUGGGCCCACUGCGGUUCCGACCACCGGUUCCACUCGAGCGGUUCGACACUCCGACCGUCGAGUGCAUCAUGGAAAGAAGCGAUUGCAUUCAGGAAGAUCUAUUCACCCAUCGGGUCGUUGGUUCGGAGAAGGGCCUGUACAUGAACAUCUACACGCCGGAGUGCAAUGGGGAAAAGUUCCCCAUUAUGGUUUACAUCCACGGUGGUGGUUUCCUAGCCGGUACUGGAAGUAGUGUCUUCUACAACCCGAUCCAUCUGGUCCAGGAGGGAGUGAUCGUGGUCACCAUGAACUAUCGACUGGGACCGCUGGGCUUUCUGAGCUUCCCAGCAGCUGGAAUCGCCGGUAAUGCAGGCCUCAAAGAUCAACUUCUGGUAUUCAAAUGGGUUAAUGAAAACAUUGCCCAAUUUGGCGGUGAUCCCGGGAAUGUUACACUGUUUGGCGAGAGUGCCGGCAGCAUUUCGGCUUAUUUGCAUUAUCUUUCGCCAAACUCCAGAAAAUAUUUCCAUCGGGUGAUCUGCCAAAGUGGAAUCCCUUGCACAGAAACAUUUUUCCAAACCUCGGGCAAUGAAAAAGCACGAAAACUUGUUAAACUCCUGGGCUAUGAAGGCGAUUCUGACAAAGAAGCGCUUGAAAUUCUCCUGAAAGCUUCCCCAGCCAAAUUGAUAAAGAACCAAAGCAAAGUGUUGACUUCUGAAGAAAAGCAACGUGGCGUCAAAUUUGCAUUCAUGCCUGUGAUCGAAGAUAUCGUUUCUGAAGAGAGCAUCAUCACUCAGACUCCGGAGGAGAUUAUCAAAUCAUCGAUUGAUUUGAGCAUGCCAAUUAUUGACGGGUGCAAUAGUGGUGAAGGAAUCUUGUCAUUGUAUUUAAUGAGCAAAAGAUUAGGUAUCGUGAACAAAGAACCCCAACGGUUGGUCCCCCAAUUGUUGGGCGAUUUGGAGGAAAUCGAUCGCACCGAGCUGGGACAGCAGCUCAAACAGUUUUAUUUUGGGGAUAAACCAGUAGGAAAAGGUUCUGAAAAUCAAAUCAAUGAGGCACUCGGAGACACCUAUUUCUUAGUGAACUCCUUGAUCAACGCUGAGUGGAUGGCAAAAUAUCAGCCCAAAGUGUUUCAUUACCACUACAGGUUCACUUACCAUGGUCGGUUCAGUAUUACAAAAAGAUUAUUCAACCAGAAUCACGUGCAAGGAGCCUGCCACGGUGACGAUGUGUUUUAUAUGUUCAGUCCCACAUACCUACCGAAUCUUCCCGAAGACUGCGAAGAGUGUCGGGUAAGACAAACGUUUGUGAAGCUGUGGACAAACUUUGCCAAGUGGGGUGAACCAACGCCCAACGAAGGUUCCGGGGUGCCGUUCCGAUGGGCUCCGGUAGCCAAAAUCAGUGCAGAUUCAACCGAGUUCGAUCUGGACUGUUUGGAAAUCGAUGCCAAUACUCGCAUGAUUCGAAAUCCUUACCCGGAGCGAAUUACACUGUGGAGAGAUUUGUUGAGACGAUAUAGGAAGGGAUUUUGAAACAUGGUUUGGCCAGGAGUCGUUAAAAAGUAGUAGUUAUAUAAAUAACUUAAGGGCCAGUUUAUGUUUAUAAUAUUAAUAAAGAAGGAAACGAGGUAUUGUAAAAGCUUUUUCUUACAUUUAAAUAAGUUAAUGUUAACUAAAUUCAAAUGAAAUAUUGUUGACAAAAUGUAGCGUAUGUACAUAUAUAUUAUUAUUAAAAUUUUAGGGGAAUGAAUAAAACCAGUUUUCAGAAGCAUGUACAUUACUGAUA